AUGGCUGACACUUCGUUGUUCAACUCGACCAUUUCUCAGAAAUGGAGCUUCGCGGGAUCAACCCCUUUGGCACCUCAGAUUGCGACUAAGUUACUUGAGAGCUUUAUACCAGGUUAUUCAACCGUCCAUGCGUUCAUUCUGGAAGUCUUCCAUUUCGACACCAGCGUCCUAGUCACAGCCGCUGCUUGUGUCCUCCUAGCUUUCAGAAUUGGGAGAUACUUCUGGAACUUCAUAACUGAUUUGUUAUGGAAUUAUUGGACUUCUCAUGUGGUACUCAAUUCCAAGGACGAUGCCUGGACCCAUGUAGUAUUCUUUCUCGACCACCGGAAUUACACAGGCCGGUCCCGAUCUCUCACAAUGAAGACGAAAUGUAAUUAUGAUUCUUCGGAUGCCCUUUCCCACUUGGAAUUCAAUGGCCAAUGGCUGAACUUUUCAAAUCAAAGUUCUAUGCGGAAACCUGUCUAUUCACUUGGGCGAGGAACGCAUUGGUUUCGUAUUAAUGGGAAUUAUUUCCGGUUCUCCCGCGAUGUAGACAGAAAUCAUUGGAGUGGGUCAAGGGACAUGAUUUAUGUUACCUGUUACGGGCGAUCAACUGAACCAAUAAAGAAGCUGAUUGUAGAGGCAAAGCUUGUUUUCUACAAGGAAAAGAAAUUCAACAACAAGAAAACAAGCAUUUAUCGACCCAAGUUGAGUUAUUGGUAUAACCAAUGGGGUUUUGCCAAUUCGCGUCAUCGCAGGCCAAUUGAUACUAUCGUACUUGACCAGGACAUCAAGCAGCAGAUUCUAGCAGAUAUUAAUGAUUAUUUGCAUCCAGUCACGGAACGUUGGUGUAAGUAGCUAUUUGCCAUUUUCAAUUUGGUUUCCAAAUGUUUAUUUCAAGCUGGAUAAGUACUGACGGUGCCCAGAUUCAAAUAGUGGCAUACCUUAUCGUAGAGGAUUUGAGUGUUCCCGAUAUCAAGAGUUUGAAGUCUUCUAACGUUAGUCGAUAGACCUUUUCUACGGGCCACCCGGGACCGGAAAAUCGUCAAUUUGCUUUGCCUUGGCUGGGAUAUUUGGAUUGGAUGUCUAUGUCAUGUCACUUUUGAAGAAGGGAAUGAAUGAAGAAGAAUUGGGAAAGCUUUUCACAUCUCUUCCGACGCGAUGCAUCGUACUCCUCGAGGAUAUUGAUGCUGCCGACUUAAGUAAUAGAAAAUUUCCCGAGGAAGAGUCGGAAGAAAAGUCCACUGAGAAAGCGGAGGACAAAUCCAAGAAAUCGAGGGAUGAAAAGAAGAAAGAAGAAUCUGGUAUUUCUUUGUCCGCGUUACUCAAUGCUAUUGAUGGUGAGUUUCACAAACCUUAGCAACUACCAGUAACUGAUGACUUGAGUAGGAGUUGCAUCGCAAGAAGGACGUGUGUUAAUUAUGACAACAAAUAAACCGGAAAGUCUUGACAAAGCCUUGACCCGUCCCGGACGAGUUGAUAUGCAAAUGGGUUUUCAGAACGCGAGCCAGCAACAAGCAAGGGAAAUCUUCGAGCGGAUGUACAUUGCUGACGACGCUUCUACUUCUACAAAACAAGUAUCUUCCCCUCCCACCGAAAACCCCAAAUCCACGGAUAAUCCGCAAGGAAAUGUUUUCCCGACUCCAGAUGAAGUAAAGUCUCUGGCCCAAGAUUUUGCCACCAGGGUGCCGGAUCGAUUGUUUAGUCCUGCGGAAUUGCAGGGAUUUUCGGUCAAGCGGAAGAAGGAGCCUAAGAAAGCGUUGGGGGAUGUCCAGAGUUGGGUUGAAGAGACGCAAGAACAGAAGAAGAAGGGUGGGAAGAAGGGUGAGAAGAAGGAUGAGAAGAAGACGAGAAGCAAAAUUAGAAGCAAGAUGCGAAGUAGGAUAGCAAGCAUGAUGAGAAGAAAUUCUGAGAGCACACCGGUGGAGAAUACACCGGUCGUAGAAAGUAACAAUUAG